AUGGAAGCAAACAGCAAGAACGCCAUCAGCGGACGCUGGAUCGAGACGCUCCGCGCGAUCUUCCCAGCGAGCGAGGGCUACACCCUCCACGUGACGAUCCACGAGCACCGUGGCUCUAAAGACCACGACAGCGACGACACCGAUGACAUCAACUUCACACUCUACGACCGGCUGGCCGUCUCUUGCUCCGCGUACCAGGGCGAGAUCUUCAGCAUGGUGCUCGAAUACUUGGAUGAGAGCAGCGCCGGGGCCCAGGAGCCGCGCAGCAGCGUCGCGGAUGAUGCGAUUCGCGACCGGGCCGAAUUUUUGCUCAAAGAGUGGCCAGCAACCUUACUGCCUGUCCCUAUGUACGGAGGGGUCAUUGCCUUGAAUGAUGUGUUUGUGUAUGGGUUCCGGGCCUAUUGCAUGGAGCCAUGGUGUGACUUGGACUUGGUGUGCGAUGACCCGGGCCACUUCAAGAAGGAAGAGUUUGGGCAGCUAUUUAGACUGUUCCUGGACUUGGAGCUGGAGGCUCAAGGGGUCCGUGUCGACGAUGCGCGGCAGUUUACGGGGUGGUUGGCGGGGUGGAAGGCGAGCCUGGUUGCGAAGGGCCCGGCCCAGAGUCUCUCGUUCCAGACACUGAUGCAGGUAUCGGGUCAGGCUCCAGAGGUAGGCGAGUUCAUUUGCCCUGCACUUGAGGGGAUGACCCUAGGGGAGACACGGGAGGGGCUGCCGCACACUCCCGGAGACGUUCUUCCAGAGGCCGAAGAAUUCAGAUUGCCGGGACCAAUGCAACGCCAUCUGGACUGGUCCUUGCAGAGGCACUUGCUGCAGGAAAUCGAAGACUUAUGCCCCAGAGAGGACAUCUCACCUGGAUCUCUGUCACCCGUUUUAGAGGGCACCCGAGAGGACUUCCUGGUGGAGUGUCUCGGAGACGCUCCGGAGCCAGCUAUGGACGGUCCGCCAGACUGCAUGGAGCUGGAGCUGGUCAUCGAGGAGGCCACUCGGAACUCUUUGCUACAGUUGCUCGGCGAAGAAGACCCCGAGGAGUUUGAUUAG